AUGGGCGGCCUCAAGCUCGAGUACAGCCCGAGCGCCAAGUAUUCCGGCGACUCGGUCGCCGACUCGGCCCGCAUGGACGAAAUCAUUCGCGAAAUCCACUCGACCAUGGUCACGGAGCUCGGCAUGAUUGAAUCGCUCGUGCCCUUCACGGGCAGCGACGAGGCCUUCGACGCGCACCCGUGCCAAUGCAAGAGUGCGACGGUCUUCCACACCAAAGACCACGGCAAGGCGUCGCGCCUGCUCGUAAUCGUGCCAUACCGUGAGGCCGGUGUCUGGAGCCGAAGCAUCUGCAUGAACACGAACGGCGACGAAGAGGCCGGCACGAUGCUCUCGUACCUCCGGAAGGCCAUCGCCGAGGGCUACGGCGUGCUCAUCAUGAACCCUGCGGCGCAGGCGUGCCACUCGAAGCAGCAUGUGGGCACGGUCUGGGACUACUUUGUGAAGCCGUACGACUGCGACCUCUUCAUCCUCGCCUUCUCGCGCGGGUGCCAAAACGUCAUGCAGCUCCUCAACCACGACAAUGGCCGCGGCGGCAUGCAGCACCGACUGCGCGCGCUCGCGCUCAUUGAGCCGAGCCACUACGUCGGCGACUCGGACACGUACUUUGCGCGGCGCAUGUUGUCGCGGCGCGCGGUCGCCUGGCUCUUGUCGAUCGAGACGCCGGCGGGUGGGCAGAUCACGUCGACGGAGCGUCGUCACGGCUGCAUUUGCGUCUCGGCGGGCGCGAUUCCGUCCAACGUGCUCGGGUCGUCGGGCGGCUGGGCGCUGCGCGCGGUCAUGACGUCGGUCUUUGGCGUCUUUGCCGCGCGCUGCGGCCAGGCCAGUGGGAUCACCAAGUUUACGCCCAGCGACAAGAACAAGUGGGGCGGGUGCGGCUUGUGCCACCGCAAGAUGGGGCUCCUCACGCGCAAAAUGCAGUGCGCAUGGUGCGAGGUCAAGUACUGCGCCAACUGCUGCGAGGACAAGCAAGCACCAACCUUUGGUCUUUGGGGCGUCUGCAAAAUGUGCCAAUUGCUCCCGUGCCUCAUCGACCCGCGCAAGAAGGCGAGCGCUUCGAGCGCGCCGGCGUCGCUCACGCAAAUGAACGACGCCGACCUCAUCGACCGUUGCUCGAUCUUCAUCCACCCGGACAAGGUCGACGAUCUCUGCCUCUCGGACUUUGAGAUUGUCAAGUUUAUCGGUCGCGGCGCCUGUGGCCGCGUCAAGCUCGUGCGCAAGAAGAACGGCGCGGACGAAGGCAGCUUUUACGCCAUGAAGUCGAUCAAGAAGCGUCUCGUCGUCGCGCGCGGCCUCGUCGAAGCCACGAACGCCGAGCGCCGGAUCCUCGACCGCAUCAAGCACCCGUUCAUCGCGACGCUCUGCUAUGCGUUCCAGAACGACGCCAAGCUGUACCUGCUCUCGCACUACUACCCGGGCGGCAACCUCUUGGACCAAAUGCGCAUCGUACGCCACUUCACCGAGGAGCGAGCACGCUUGUAUGCGGCCGAGGUGACGCUCGCACUCGGCCACUUGCACGCCAACGACAUCAUCUACCGCGACCUGAAGCUCGAGAACGUGCUCUGCGACUCGGAGGGCCACGUCGCGCUCACGGACUUUGGCAUGUCGAAGGAGAACGUCAAGGCCGACGAGCGCACGUCGACGUUUGUCGGCACGUACCAGAUGAUGGCGCCCGACAUUUUGACCAACAAGCCGUACACGCGUGCGAUCGACUGGUGGGCCCUUGGCGUCAUGGUGUUCGAGAUGAUUGACGGCCGCACGCCGUUCAACGCCAAGAACAACAAACUCAUCAAGGAGAAGAUUAUGACCUUUGAAGUGCCCUUCUCGGACCGCUUCUCGGCGGACGCAAAGAGCUUUGUCCAAGGCCUCUUGCAAAAGAAGCCCGAAGACCGCCUCGGCUGCGGCCCCGACGGCGUCGACGAGAUCAAGCGCCACCCGUGGUUCGCGUCCGUCGACUGGCCGCGUGUGUUUGCGCGCCAAGCGACCUUCUCGGCCGACCAAGCGCUCCUCAUGAAGACGUACGCCAAGGAGUACGUCACGGUGGACGUCUUUGACACGUACAUGCACGCGAACGAGGUCGCGUGUGAUACGCCGACGUCGGUGCGCGGCUCGGUCGGCACAACCACAGACCUCUUUGGCGACUUCAACUACAACCACCUUGACGUCGCCGCCAACGGUCUCGACAUGGACGACGACGACGCGCACGAUCACUUUGUGCUGCCGUUGGACCGGAAGGCCGACCCGGACUUUGACAUCCAUCUGCUCCGACCGAUGACGAGCGACGACCUGAGCCGCAACAACUCGAGCAGCACGAUCGUGGCCUCGGACGAAGGCGACGACCACGCCGGCGCGUCGCCCGUGUCGUCGUCGGACUCUGGCAGCCUCACCGAGUCGCUCCUCGCGGUCAACGCGAUGCCGACGACGCCGGAACUGUAG